AUGUCGAACUUGGCUGAAUUGAAAACAUUUGACUGCGGUUGCAGAACUACCAGUUAUCCUGCUAUUAAGAAUGCACCUCUACCUGCAGAUGGUGGUGGUGCUAAGAACUUCAGCAACAAGAUGCUUUUUGCAAUCAUGUUGAUUGUUCCUUUCUAUGUCACCAGAAGACUAGGCCUUGGAUUUAAGUCGUUCAUUUUCUUUGGCCUUUUAUUUGCCCUUCCUAUUCUUUUAACUUAUUGGACAGUUUUGUCAACUUAUUCUCCUCGUUUGAAUGAAAAGGUUAAGUUCCCCAAUAGAGGUGUGGAGUUCUACUUGGACUUCCAUGACCCUAGUCUUGCUGCCAAAUAUCAUGGAUCUCACAAGAUUCCUAUGGAGACUUUCCACCAGUUAUACUUUGCUGGUCAAGUUUCUUUCAAAGGCGAUGCUUUGGACGUUAUGGAGUAUCGUCAUGAUUGGGCUCAGUUUUCAUUUACUUUGAGUUUGUUCAAAUUCUUCUUGUUUGGCUUCAUUCCAGAAGUAAUCAUGCACACUAGAUCCCAAGAUGAGGAGCAAGUUAGAGAUCAUUAUGACCGUGGCGAUGACUUCUAUGAGUGGUUCUUGGGUCCAAGAAUGAUCUAUACUUCUGGUAUCAUUCACGACAUUCACAGCGAGGAAUCUCUAGAGCAAUUGCAAGACAAUAAGCUCAAGGUUGUUUGCGAAAAAAUUGACUUGAAGAAGGGCGAAACAGUUUUGGAUUUGGGUUGUGGUUGGGGUACGUUUGCCUGCUUCGCUUCUACUCAGUAUGGCGCUAAAGUUACUGGCAUCACCUUGGGUAGAAACCAAACCAAGUUUGGUAACGCUAAGUUGGCUUCUUAUCACGUUCCUGCUAGUCAAUCCAAAGUUAUCUGCUGUGACUACAGAGACACUCCUUUACCUAAACCUAAUCCGGAUGGAUCUGCCGCUAAGUACGACAAGAUUGUCUGCUUGGAGAUGGCCGAGCACGUGGGUGUGCGUAAGUUUGCUGCCUUCUUGCAGCAGGUUUAUGAUAUGCUUGAUGACGACGGUAUUUUCUUUUUGCAGUAUGCCGGUUUGAGAAAGUCCUGGCAAUACGAAGACUUGAUCUGGGGUCUCUUCAUGAACAAGUAUAUAUUUCCGGGUGCCGAUGCCUCCACGCCAUUAGAUUUCGUCGUUUCUUCAUUAGAGGCUACUAGUUUUGAGACUGUUUCUAUUGAUAACAUUGGUGUCCAUUAUUCUGCCACUCUUUAUAGGUGGUACAAAAAUUGGAAUGCCAAUAAGGAGAAGAUUGUCGCAAAAUAUGGUACCAAAUGGUUCAGAAUCUGGGAAUUCUUUCUUUCCUACUCUACCAUUAUCUCUAGACAGGGUUCUGCUGCCUGCUACCAGAUAGUUCUAAGAAAGAAUUUAAACAGUUACCAUAGGAUCGAGUACGUUCCCCGCCAGGAAGGUCUUCAAGCUUGCGCUUCCAGAUUUCAGUCUUGGGCAAAAGAAGAUUGA